AUGGACAAUAAGAUUAUACAAUUGAAGCUUACAUCACUGAGCGUCACAUCGUCAAAUACAGCAGCAUCAGAUGCUGAACAAAUUUCAAAACUUAGAGCAUCACAAUCGCCAAUAGCAAUAUCCGUACAACGAUGCCCCUCAUGGUCCUCAUUGGAUCCUCUCCAGUUUCGAGGAUAUUGGGACAACACAGGAAAUGGCACAUUACUAAACACAGGACAAACAGCGUAUUUCACAUUCGACACAGCGGCACGACCUCGUCUUAGCGGCGGACCACUAAUAGGAGAGUACAUAUUCGAACAGAUGCACUUUCAUUGGUCUGUCGACGAUUUUACUGGCUGUGAACAUGUUCUUGAUGGACACGGAUACGCAGCUGAAUGCCAUCUGGUACACUAUAAUUCGAAAUACGAAUCCUUAGAAGCGGCGGUGGCGCAUUCCGAUGGUCUUGCUGUAGUGGGUUUCCUUUUAGAAGUAGUGGAUGCACCCAACCCAAGUUUUGAUGAGUUCGUCGAAGGCUUAGAGAAGAUUAAGAAAAGUGACCAAGAAGUUGAAGUUUCUUCAGAGUCACUAGCGUGGAUGAACAGAGAAGAUCUAAGUAGCGGAAACUACGUUACCUACAAGGGAUCAUUAACAACACCUCCAUAUACUGAAUGUGUUACCUGGAUUAUAUAUGAGAAGCCUGUGCAAAUUGGAGCCGAACAGCUGGGACUCUUGAGGCAAUUGGAGGGACCAGACUGUAUACCGAUCGAAAGAAACGUACGACCAACGCAGAGGCACCCACCCGGACAUUCUGUUAUUUACGUUAGACAAGUGAAGGCUAAACUGUGA